AUGGUUCAGAACUCAGUGCAGUUUGGGGGUUCUCCGACAGAGGAUCCUAAUAUGCAUAUCCGGGACUUCAUUGAGAUCUACGACACUUUCAAGUUCAAUGGUGUGACUGAAGAUGCCAUCAAAUUGAGGCUGUUCCCAUUCUCUCUGAGGGAUAAAGCUAAGGGAUGGAAUGCGAUCACUCAAUUCUCUCAGCAAUCUGGUGAAACUUUAUGUGAAGCUUGGGAACGCUACAAAGAGAUGCUUCGGAAGUGCCCACAUCAUGGGAUGCCUGAUUGGAUGAUUAUUAAUUGUUUCUAUAAUGGCUUGGGACCUCAAUCGAGGCCGAUGCUUGAUGCAGCAUCAGGUGGAGCUCUUUGGGCUAAGAGCUAUGAUGAGGCUUAUGAGUUGAUCGAAAUGAUGGCUGCGGAUGAAUAUCAUAAUCCUACUCAGCGUCUUCAUCAAGGCAAGGUAGCAGGAGUUCUUGAUGUUGAUGCUACUGCAGCCUUAACUGCUCAAAUUAAAUCUCUUACUUUGAAGAUGGAUUCCUUAGCUAACUUGGGAGUUCAACCACCACCUUCUGCUUGCGAGCUUUGUGCAGGUGCACAUUCUUCUGACCAAUGUGCCAUAUCUAGCGAGUCAGCUCAGUUUGUGAGCAAUUUUCAGAGAUCUCAGCAGCCAGCUCCGGCUACUUAUCACCCGAAUAAUCGGAAUCAUCCGAAUUUCAGCUGGAGCAACAAUCAGAACUUCGUGCCACAACAGCAGCAACAACCACAAGGAAAUCUUCCUAGUGAUACCGAGGCCAAUCCGGGAAAGAAAGAGGUGAAAGAACAGGUACAGGCAGUCAUUUUAAGGUCCGGAAAGGUUACGAAGGAUAAAGAUUCAGCAACAGAGCAUGAUAAGGAUGAGAGUGAACAACAGGAUGAAACACCCGUACUCUCAUCUAAGUCUGAUGGUGGAAAAACUGUUGUUGACACUGACAAGAAAGAAAUCAACGAAGAAGCAAGUAAGGAAUCGGUUGAGAAAUCUAGGCCGAAGUCUGAUACUGGGGUCAAGCAAGUGUAUCCACCUCCACCAUUUCCGAAAAGACUUCAGAAGCAUAAGCUCGACAAACAAUUCGCUAAAUUUCAAGAGGUUUUCAAGAAACUUCAAAUCAACAUACCUUUUGCGGAGGCUCUAGAACAAAUGCCGAGUUAUGCUAAAUUCAUGAAAGGUAUCCUAUCUCAGAAACUCAAACUUGACACUACUAGAAAAAGUGGAUAUAACAUCGCGGCUUUAACAUCGGUUGUAAAAACCACCGAUGUUCAAAGCUUUUCUAACAUCAAAAGUGAAAAAACCGAUGUAAAAGAGUACUUUAGACAUCGGUACUUAAAAUAA